AUGAAAAGGCAUCUGGAAGAAUUGAAACGAGAGCUAGUCGAAACAAAACAGGAGGCUUGGCAAUAUCAGUCCACUCUUUCGGAUCUUCGCGGCUCACUGCGUGGUCUGAUUGAGAAAAGUCAGCUGUUAGGCGGUGGGGACCCAUCCUCCACCUCAAUUGUUGCUACCACCAGUUCCACCGCCUCUGCUUCGGUUCGCAUGAACAUGGUGGAGAUUUCUGAACUGGAAAGACUGCUUGCAGAGAGGGCAGAUGAUUCUCUGUUGGACAGCAAGCCUUUGCUGCGUGUAUGCAAUUAUUUGAAUCGCCUACAAGAGGAAAUCGACUCUCUGGAGAGCCAAGUCAUUCACCAUGCCACUGUGGUUCGUGAUUCUGUGGCGAAUUGGCGGUAA